UUAGCUGAUCCAUGGAAUUAGAAUUGAUAACUUGUUUAUGACCUUGGUUGACAGUUACUGGACGAGUGACUAUGAAGGUGGACGUGUUUAGCUUUGGUGUAAUCCUCAUGGAAUUGAUCACUGGCCGAAAGGCACUUGAUGAAACCCAGUCGGAGGAUAGCUUGCAUAUUGUGGCAUGGUUCGGAAGGAUGCACGUUAACAAGGAUACAUUCCAGCAGGCCAUAGACCCAACCAUUGAGCUUGAUGAGGAUACACUUGCCAGUAUAAGCACCGUAAAAUCGUUAACCGCUACCCCAAAACCGCUAUAUCAAACAGGCCCUUAUGAGGAAUCGAGUUCCUUCCACUCAGACCAACAGGUUGUUAGUAUUCUUCUCUCUUUAUGAGAUUACUAGGAAUGCAUAUAUUCCUUUUCUUUUUCCUUUUCAUGUAUAUAAAUCUAGGCUAAAACCAACUUUAAGUUGCCAACCUUAUAAUAUGACAUUUUUAGUUCUUUACCUUAUAAAAUUGGUAGGUUUUA